AAAAAAAAAAAAAGAGGUAGAAGUGUUAGAAGACAAGAAAGACUGUGAUGACCAGGCCCAAGGCAUGGAUACACAUUCAUACUGAUUAGCACCAUUCUACAUGCAACCAGACCCUUCUGUUCCCCUUGCCUCCAUUUUCUCAUGCUUUUUCAUUCCCAUACCACCUAGACCCAUCCCUUUCCCCCCUUCUUUUCCCCUCCUGAACCUCCUGCUGUGAGUCUUGUCCCCAAAUGCUCUUGCCCUGGACCACACAGUGUUUUCCAUGUCUCUAGGCAGUACGCAGUUUGUGGAGCCCUCUGCAACCUCUCCUACUGACUCAUCAUGAUGGGUGCCACCUCUAGGCCCAUGGGACUGGUGGCUCCCCUGCAACAGAUUUAGAAGGAGCUGGGACAGGGCCUUUAUCUCUCUUACUGGGUAAUUUGUGUUCCCCAGCCUGUGGUUGUCUCUCUACUCCUUCCCCUUUGUGCAGUUGAGCCUUUUAUGGGUUGAUUGCACUUCCUUGACGGUUCUUGGAUUUGCCAAACCAGGGGAUUAUUUGUGUCCCCCUGCAUUGUUCCUCUGUGCUCCUUUGUGUGCAUGGAAGUGAGCUUUUUCCCACAUAACCUCACUCUUGUACUGGGCCACUUCUGUAACACUUUCUGGUCCUACACACUCCGUUAUUCAACACGUCUAUUUGAGAAAACAGACUCUCAAAUCCACUUAGAGGAGCAGAUCUUUACUUAACCUCACAGCCCACAUCUUGUGGGCAUUUCCUCUUAUCUUCAUGUAUAAUUAUAUCAAGGUUAAAAAUAGGGUAGUCUAGCAAACCAAUAUAGCUCCCAAUGCCAGUGUCUGAUUAACCUUCUCACCCUUUCUGCCUUAGCUCCUAAAAUAGCAGCGAUUUGCUAGAUUAUCUUGCAUCUCCUUUCCAUUCUAAGAAGACUGUUUGUAUCAUUGAAACUUUCUGGUUUGUGGUUCAGCCUCUAAGAAGAUUAACAUUUAUAAUAGGCUUGAGGAAGGUUAGAUCCCUCACGUAACUGACAUUGGUGUUGAGCAUGGACAGGAGCAAACGGGCAGUGCUGUGAGAGCCACAGGAGGAAGAGGAUCAUUCCUGUAGUAUCAUCCUUCUGACCACAGAUCCAUAUGGGAAACAACAGCAGCUCCACCGUGGAUGAUCUACAAGCUGUCGAGAUCCACCACUGGUACAAGAAAUUCAUGACGGAGUGUCCUUCUGGACAGCUGACGGAGCAUGAAUUUAAGCAGUUCUUUGGGCUUCGAGGGCUGGAUCCAGAGGCCAAUAACUACAUUGAGCAGAUGUUCCGCACGUUUGAUAUGAACAAGGAUGGAUAUAUUGAUUUCAUGGAAUACGUGGCUGCCCUCAGCCUCGUUCUCCGAGGGAAGAUGGAGCAGAAAUUGCGGUGGUAUUUCAAGCUCUAUGAUGUAGAUGGCAAUGGCUGCAUUGAUCGGCAUGAGCUGCUCAACAUCAUCAAGGCUAUUCGAGCUAUUAAUGGUGGUGACCAUGAAACCAGUGCAGAAGAGUUCACCAACCGAGUCUUCGACAGGAUUGAUGUGAAUGGCGAUGGUGAACUUUCUCUGGAUGAAUUUGUGGAGGGAGCAAGGAAAGAUGAGGAGUUCAUGGAGGUUAUGAUGAAAAGUUUGGACCUGUCACACAUUGUGGCCAUGAUUAACAACCGUCGGCAUAGUGUAUAAAUCAAGCUGGGAGAAAAUGCUGUGCCAAUAGACAGAAGGGUGUCACAAGGAAGGAGAGACAGCAUUUUUCAAAACAAAAUUUCCAUAAACAUGAAUAUGGAAGUAGGAACAGAAAGACACUGCUAUAUUUGUGUAUCUGAGUGCAUGUUCCUCUACAAAUACUGAAGCUUAGCCACAUAAAUGCAAGGCAGGUUCAGAAAAACUGAGUCUGGGUGGCAGUAUUUGAUUUGUCUUUCUAAAAUUUAAAGGCCAAAUUUCAGGACACAAUUUUUUUUUUUAUUCUGUGUCCCAGAGUAUCAGUUUGAAAUGGACUAAAAGUAACAGCAAGUUUGUGAAGAGCGCUAGCAGAACUGGGUGGUGGAGUGUGGAGGGCAUAUUCUGAUAUAGAAAAGAAGAAUUUCAAGCUGUUAUUAGUGUAGGGAAUGAACAAAAGAAUGUAACUUGCACUGUUCUUGAUAUGGUAUUGGUUCAUAAACACCAGCGUGGUUUACCAGCAUGGUCCAUACCACAUGUGCUUGGAUUUGGUAGUCUCUGCAGAAGCAGCUUUAGUCAUAAGACCACAAGAACUGAAAGAAAAACCAGUCUGGCAGUGACAAAUCUGUCCUCAGCUGCAGCUGUUUGAGCUUUCUGUGAUCAAAGAACUCUAGCAAACAAGUCAACAGUUUGGAGCAGCUUCUGUAACCAGAGAAAAUAUGCUACUCAGUUUCCCAAAGUAGAAGAAUUACUUGAGAGAUCAAAUCUCUUAUAUACUCAUGGUCCUACUUACUCUCCUCUCAUACAACUGAGUCACUGGGAAUGUUCAAGGCCACACUGUAAAAGGCUCGGAGUAACCUGAUCUAGCCCCAUGGCAUGGCGCUGAAGCAAGAUGAUCUUUGAAGUCCCUUCCUACCCAAACCAUUCCGUGACUCUGUAAAUGAAGUAUUUAAAGAUGAUCCUAAUAUUAUUGCCUCACACAUCCUUUAUUGGUCUUUCUUCUUGUUCUUGAGGAGACAAUCUAAUUGAAAGAAACAACCCACCAAGGUGACUUGUGAAUUGUGCUGUUAAUGUGAAGGCUGGAGUGAAGCUGAUACUCUAGAUCAGUGCUGCCAUAAAUGACUCUGAUUUUAUACAUGAUGGGAAGAAUGAUGCAGCAUGGAUAGAAGCUCAGAAAACUGUGUCUUGUUCACUGUUCAUUAGAUAAGGUCGUGAUCAGAAGCUCCUUUGAAUCUGGGAAGAGAACCAGAAGGAAAGAAGAAUGCAGGAAAUGUUCAACGGAGUGCCUAUGCCAUAGUUGGCGCAUGUUUUUUCUUGUACAAGAGGAAGAAUGUGCAGACCUGUAACAAAACUUUAGAUUGGACUUAUUCUUGCUUAUAUUUAGGCUUCUGUGAUGUUCAUAUGUGUAUUGGUUUGCACGGCAAGGUCUUGGUAGCAGGGAGGCUACAGGAAUGGCUUCUUCUUUGAGAAGCUGAUGGAAGCUUCCCCUAUGCCUGGCAAAGACAAUGUCAGCUGGCUCCAGGAUGCCACCGGCCAAGCCUGAGACCUUCAGCCAUGGUUCUAACAUGUCUGGGAUAACAUAUUUAAGAAGGAAAAGUUAUUGGGCAGAAGCAAUUGCAGCCAGAGAGGUGAGGACUGAGAAUAUGUGAGAGAAACAGCUCUGCAGACACCAAAGUCAGCUAAGAAGCAGAGGGAGGAGGUGUUCCAGGUACUGGAGCUGAGAUUUUCCUGCAGCCCAUGAUGCAGGGCGUAGUGAAGCAGAUUGUCCUCCUGGAGCGCAUGGAGGUCUGCAGGAGGGAAGCACAAAUCUACCUGCAGCCUGUGGAAGAGCCCCAUGUUGGACCAGGUCUUGGAAGGACCUGUGGGCCUGUGGAGAGAAGAGCAGGUUUCCUGGUAGGACUUGUGACCUCACAGGGGACUCUAAAGCAGUUCCCAAAGGACUGAUGCCAGGGAAGAUACCUCACACAGGAGCAGCUUGUGAAGAACCACAGCCCAUGAGAAGGACCCAUAUUGGAGAAAUUAAUGGAGAACUGCCUCAUGUAGGAGGGAUCUCAUGCUGCAGCAGCACAAGGACUACUCUUCCUGAGGGGGAAGCAGUGGCAUGAACUGACUGUAACUUCUGUUCUCAUCUUCUUGCACUACUGGUGGGGAGGAGGGAGAGAAUGGGGAAUAAAGUUAAUCCUGGGAAGGAGAA